AUGGAAAUUAUUCCAACAAUCACUGCAACUCCAUCACAUGUCUCUUUUGCACUUUUACUCACCAUCUCAAUCCUCGCUUCCUUCUCCUCCCUUCCGGAGUCUCACGCCGCCGGCGGCUUCACCGUCAACCUUAUCCACCGCGACUCACCCAACUCCCCUCUCUACAACCCUACCGACACGCUCUUCGCGCGCGUGAGCAACGCGCUCCUGCGGUCCACUAACCGCGCCAUGAAACUAUCUCAGAUACGAAAUCCUGGUCCUUCCGACAUAAUCAAUAGUGGGGGCGAUUACCUCAUGAAUAUAUCCAUCGGAUCGAAGCGGUUUCCGGUACUCGGAAUCACCAGCACCGCAAGCGACCUUGUGUGGACCCAGUGCAAGUCCUGCAGGAAGUGCUUCCCGCAAGCAGAUCCUCUCUUUGAUCCGACAACCUCAUCCACUUACGAGGUCGUUUCGUGCAAGUCAAAAAUCUGCAGUGCUACGAAACAUUCCACGUUCUGCACUGGCGGGAACUGCGAAUACCAGAUGGUGUAUGGGGACGGGACCUCAUCAAACGGCACCCUAUCAACGGACCAGAUUAGUCUAGGAUCCAAUAUUACGCUCCCGCACGGCGUCUUCGGGUGCGGAUAUGAGAAUGGUGAUGAACUAUCCGAACAUAGCGGGUCGGGUAUGAUCGGACUCGGACGCGGGGCCAAUUCUCUCAUUUCGCAAUUGAAUUCUAUCAUCGACGGCAAAUUUUCCUACUGCUUGGUGGAUAUUUACAACUCGGGAGGUUUCAGCAAAAUGAGAUUUGGAAAUGAAGCGGAGGUUUCGGGGGAUGGGAUGGUCUCCACUUCCCUAUAUUCUCGCCGUGGAGAGACUUUCUAUUAUUUACAAUUGGAAGGGAUCAGCGUGGGAAACCAAAUGGUGAGAAAUCCCGACGUUCUUUCUUCUUUUUGUUCUUCUUCUUCGUCGUCGGCCGGUAACAUUAUAAUAGACAUUGGCACGAUGCUGUCGUCUCUCAAAAACAAGUUCCACGAUAGGCUGUUGGCGGUGGUGACCAAGAGCAAGGAGUUUAAUAAUUUGACGCGCGUGAAGGACCCAACCCAGACUCUUGAUCUCUGCUACAGGUCGGAGAACGUUGUGGGACCAACAUUGACGGCGCAUUUCGCGUGCGGCGCAAAUGUAACGUUGAGCCCUUCGCACGCGUUCCUGAGCGUAGCGGAGGACGUCCUGUGCUUUGCGUUUGCGAAGUCGGAGAAUUUGGCCAUAUGGGGGAGCAUGAUGCAGAUGGACUUCUUGGUGGGUUAUGAUCUCACGAAUAAUAAACUCUUCUGCAAGCCAGCAGACUGCACAAAAGAGUAG